UCUGGCAAGUACCAUUUUGAUAUUCUAAAGCAAGUAUUUUCUCAUAAUGCAAGUACAACAGUUUAGUGUUUGCUGUUUUCACACGUGACACACGAGAGACUGUAUGAAUAGUCUAUAGUUGAUGUUCAAUGUCAUGUCUAGGUUCAAUUUAAUGAUUGAAAUGACUAAUUCACUCAGUGGAUUUGUUUUGUAAUAUGUACAAGAUCAUAAUUCCAGCAGGCCUACCUACAUCAGCCCCGUGAAUACCAUAACCACAUCCUGCCCCUUUCAAAUGUUUUUAUUGUUUCAUCUGCUACUAGAAGUCAGUCUUAAGCUGUUUUUGAAUAUUUUGUUCAAGUGCAUUACCCAGAUUGUAUAUGUACUUUUUCUUUUGAUAUGUUUUUAUGUUUCUUCUUGCUGUACUUUUUGCCUGCAUGUCUAAAGUGUUUCUAUUUGAACUGAUAUGCAAAUAUACUAUAUUAUAAAAAUCCUCAUUAGAAAUAGUUGUAGUAAUUUCUGUCAGAAUAUGCCAGAUAGAGAAGUAGAAAACAUGCCAAUGGUGCUAGAGAUGACAGAAGAAAAUAGGACCUGGCAGUUUGUCUGUGGUUUUUAAGAACGUGACGCAAGAUAGUUUGUCUAGAAGUAUUGAGCUUGCCAGCCAGACACACAAAGCGCAAGCAGCUGAGAGACUUAACUUUGAUCACAAAAUGGAGACGUAUGACACCAACAGGUACUUCUACAGCGAUGACAUGCUGUACAAUGUCAGCUACGAUCUAACCUACCUUGGGGAGCGCUCCAGCUCCAGUCUUCCCUAUUCUCACAUCUACCUGCCACUGCUGUAUUUCCUCAUGUUUUUCACAGGCUUCCUGGGCAACCUCUUUGUGAUCACAGUCAUGGGCAGCCGGGGGAAGAGAGGUGGCCGUCUGGUGGAUACGUUUGUGGUUAACCUGGCACUUGCGGACCUGGUGUUUGUCCUCACCCUCCCUCUGUGGGCCGUCUCGUCCAGUCAGGAGGGACACUGGCCUUUCGGCAACCUUCUCUGCAAGCUGAGCAGCUACAUUGUUGCCGUCAACCGCUUCUCCAACAUCUUCUUCCUGACCUGCAUGAGCGUGGACCGCUACCUGGCCGUGGUGGGACUCAUGGACUCCCGCUUUCUCCGCAGCAGCCAGUGUGUGCGUCUCAACUGCGCCGUGGUCUGGCUGCUGUCCCUGGCUCUAGGUACCCCCUCCCUGGUGUACCGUAGCAUGUAUACUCCCAACGGCAAACUCUUCUGUCUGGAGGAUGAAGAGUCAUCCUUCUUCCUGGGUCUGAGCCUGACCAUGGUCUUCCUGACCUUCGCCCUGCCGGUGCUCAUCAUCAUCCUCUGCUACGGUUCUAUCCUGGCCCACCUGCGCCAACACUGUGUUUCUGCUGGCAACCCUCGCGCAGAAGCCCGACGCCGCCACUCUCUCAAGAUGGUCUUCACCAUAAUCGUGGCCUUUGUGGUGUCUUGGCUUCCCUUCAACAUCUUCAAGACCAUCCUCAUUGGUUUCAGGCUGUCUAGGGCCGAUCUGAGCAUUGAGACACAGUCUGUCUUGAGUCAGGGCCUCACCCUCUCCUGCUGCUUGGCCUUCCUCAACAGCUGCAUAAACCCAGCCAUCUACCUGUUCCUGGACCACCACUUCAGAGGGCAGGCGGAGAACCAGUUCCUGAGCUGCGUGGGAAAGCUUGGGCUACACCAAGGCUAUGCCUCGUCCACUGACUUCUACAACGGUACCUCAGAGAGCUGCGGCACAACAGCCUCCAGAACUCGUCUCCAGCCACUUGACCAGAAUGUCUGAUAGCAGGGUUCUGCACCUUUUACAGCCUCUUUGCGGUCCGAAACGCUAAAGGUUGAGGUGAAUCAUUUUGUGUUAUGAUUUUAGGUGUUAUGUAAUUCAAGCUCAGUGAAAGCAUUCUCUGAAAUAUAUUUUGUGUAUAUUAUAGCUUCUCAAAAUAAGUUAUAUUUUACAUAUCAUAAUUGCAUAUUUGAUUAUCAUUGAUAUUUGAAUUUAGGUUUUAUUUAUUCGCACCAAAGAAAAUAUUUGAAAGACGAAACAGUACAGAUAAAAAACUGGUCAAAACAGUGUGCAAGUGAGGUUGAUUAAUUUAGCUUUCGUUUUUUUUUUUACGACCAAAUUAAAUAGGAUGGUCUUUUUAUGUCUAAAUAUUUUGUAUAUGAAUAAUUCAUGAGUAGCCUGGUUAUUACGAUUGUUGACAUUCUUAAAUUCAUAGUAAUAUUAAAUUGCAAUUUGUUAACAGUAACGUUAAUUUGUUAAUGGUUCCUUUUUGCUGCGUGAAAUUCAUUACAACAAUAUUCAAAAUGGUUGUCUAUGUUCAUGGCAUUAGUAAGAUUACAUUUAAUGUAUUAUAAAACAUGUAUAAUAAACAGUUUUUUGUAAUAAAUGAAGUGUUCAU